AUGGAAUCUUGGAGUUACAUCCCUGAAGAGAGAAGCUAUUUGUUUUCUGAUGAAAUGGACUUUUCACUUGAUGCUUUUAUGAGAAGUCGAAAACCGUCUGUUGAAUUGCAGAACAAAUCUUCAUGUAACAUUGAAAGAGAUGGAUUUAAAAGUAUGGAGUUUGUGGACUUGGGAUUUCCCGAAUUUUUGCAGAAGUCUUUUCAUGGUAGCAAGCCUAUGAAGACAUCUGGGGCUGUUCAUGGUUUGGUUCAGACAUCAAGUUGUGAGCUAGAUAGUAAUAAUUCUAGUAAAAGAGGGAACUCCUCCAUCCGUGUUAUUGCUUUUGAUUCGUCUUUCAGGGAAGAAGAUUAUGAGUCAAAGCAUUUAAGUUCUCUAUUUGAAUCGAAAAAUCAUGAUUCUUCAUUGAUUGAUUUGAAGCUAGGGAGAUUACUAGAUUGUCAAGGUGCAAGUAAUGACAGAGAUGCCAAAGCGUUCAGUUCCACGGCGAUACAUCAAACUGUGCUUUCAAAAAGAGCUCGCACUUCCACCUUACCUUCCCAGGCUCCUGUAUGCCAAGUUUAUGAUUGUAAUAUGGAUCUUAGCACCUCGAAAGAUUACCACAAAAGGCAUAAAGUUUGUGAUGUACACUCCAAGACAGCUAAAGUUGUUGUUAAUGGCGUUGAACAGAGGUUUUGUCAGCAGUGCAGCAGGUUCCAUUUGGUAGCUGAGUUCGAUGACGGUAAGCGCAGUUGUCGUAGGCGUUUAGCUGGACACAAUGAACGCCGAAGGAAACCUCAGUUUGAUUACAUGACUAGUAAACAACACAAGAUUCUAAAAUCUUAUCAAGGUACUAACAACUUUUCCUUUCAAGACAUAUUUCAAAGUGGAAUCCUUUUCUCAGCAAAGCAUGAUCAAAUCUCUCAAAGUGGACGUAUCAAACUAGAAGAGGAGCCAAUUUGCAGCCCUCAACUAGAACCGCCCGCCACACUUGGUCACGAUUUAUCUAGCCGUGCUCUCUCUCUUCUGUCAUCUCAGUCACAUAAUCCAUCACGCCAUGCAGCAGGAAAUCCAUUAGCUACCUCCCUUCUUUUUCACGGCAUCCACGUGCAAGAUAGUGAUGACCAAGUUUCCAAAAAUGAAUCGUUGCCGCAUGAGAUAAACUCUAAGGGAGUUAUCAAAUCUGAAAAUGGAGUUACUGUUGAUUUGUUUCAACUGUCUUCUCAUCUUCAACGAGUGGAGCAGCAAAGAAAUUCUGUUUUGGUAAAGUGGGAAAAUGAGGAUUUCUGUUUCUCAACUGUGUGA